AUGGAAACAGAUGGAGAAACGUUGGAAAUGGAAAAGCAACCGGAAGAAGAGCAGUCAGAAGAGCAGCCUCAAGGGGAUCAGCCGAAUGAGCCCCUACUACCCGAAGAACCUGACCAAGAGGGCGAUAAUGAGGGGUCGGAGGAGGUCAUAUUGCCAGACCAGCAGGACACUAGUAGCAAUACACACGCGCCGAUUCCAGCACCAGCACCAACACCUCCUGCUACCCGCCCGCCACUAGCUCUCCAGUUCUGCUACAGCUGUAGUUCCGCCAAUAAUGCCAGCUGCGCCACCCACCCGUACAAUCAGAAGAAGUGCAAUCCGUACAAUGGACGCCAUACCUGCUACACGCUAUACAAACUUGACACGAAGGUGACCACUCGCGGCUGUUGGAUCGAGCUGACGGAACAGGACCAGAGCUAUUGCAAAAUAAAACGGAAAGAGUGCGAACAAUGCCACGAGCCUGCCUGCAACACUCGAGAGACAAUCAUGGCUGGAGGCGCCCAAUUGGGUCUAUUCUCUAUUUGCUUUUAUUGUAUCUUAUCUUUGGGCAUUUGGCUAAAGCCAAUGUGAUCAAUUUUUAUCCCAUAUCAGUAGUUUCGAUACCACUUCAAUGUUACCACAGCAAAAGCCCAAUUUAUGCGAUUAUUAAUAUCUAUUUUUUAAAUAUGUAAUCUCUAUUGGUUGUCAAUUAAUAAAAGCUUUUGAAUUGUUA